GGAUAUCAGCAUUGUUAGGGGAAGUUUAGUCCUGAAGAUUCAGAAAUUCUCUUAAAAACAGUUUGGCAGGUUGGAUUUUAGAUAGGACAGCGAAUAACUUUCCCAAACGGGUGACGCACGAUUGAGCGCGCGCGCGACUGGAGCUUGUGAGAACUGAGGACAUUGAGCAUGCAGUAAUAGGACACUGAAGAGAGUUCAUGGAGGGUGCAAAUCAUCUACAGCAUUUGAACACAUUGAGAUGUUUGUUGUUGUUCCUUGCAGUCCUUAUCCUUACGACAUAUGUGAACGCAGGAGUUAAGAAGUACGACGGGCCAUGUGGAGGCAGAGAUUGCAGCGGAGGAUGUCAGUGUUUUCCUGAGAAGGGUGCGAGGGGUGUGCCUGGUCCCCUCGGUCCACAGGGCCCCACGGGGCCUCAAGGGCGCCCAGGAGACAGAGGCCUGCAGGGCCCUAAAGGAGAGAAAGGAGACCAUGGCAGAGGAGGUAUUAUGGGUCUGAAAGGAAGUGUGGGAAUGCAAGGUGUUCCAGGGUUUGAUGGAGCAGAUGGUGUUCCGGGUCAUCCUGGUCCAGCUGGUUCUCGUGGAAAACCAGGAGCUGAUGGUUGUAACGGAACUCGCGGAGAUUCUGGAAAUCCAGGAUUUGCAGGAUUCGGUGGCAGCCCUGGAAGACCAGGCCACCACGGUAUAAAGGGAGAGAAGGGAGACCCCUUGGAUGUUUGGGUCUAUAUGGAAAGAUUCCGGGGAGAUAGAGGACCUAAAGGCUUGCCAGGAAUAUAUGGACCAGAGGGAGAUCAAGGUCAACCAGGUCUACAAGGAUUUCAAGGUCCUUCGGGCCCUCCUGGUAAUGAUGGCAUAAAAGGACAAAAGGGUGAAAGCACUAGAAGAUUAAAAGGAGUCAAAGGCGAACAGGGUGAUGUUGGAGAACCAGGCCUACCAGGACCUCAUUCUCAAAUCCGCCCACCUCCAGACUCUCACGGUCCAAAAGGCGAAAAAGGUUUUCAAGGUGAAAAAGGAUCUUUGAAAUAUGAUUUCACCAAAGGAGAGGAGGGUGUGUCAGGGUUUCCAGGGCCACGGGGAUCUCCAGGAUCAAAUGGCUGGCCAGGACCCAAGGGUGAUAAAGGACACCAAGGUUUCCCAGGAAAUUCUGGCCGCAAGGGGGACAGAGGUGAACCUGGAGAGUCGAUAUACCCAGAAGAUCCAUUUGAUGAAGCCCUAGUGGGUCCUCGAGGACCGGAUGGAGAGCGUGGUCCAAUAGGAAAUCAAGGUCUUAAGGGAGAAAUAGGACAGCAAGGUCCACCUGGACCUCCUGCCUCUGACGGCCAAUCAGAGGCUUUUUGGGGCCCAGAGGGACCAAAAGGACAGAAGGGAUUCAAGGGUGAAGCUGGAGAAACUGGUAAUCCUGCCACUGAGCCUGGACCUAAAGGCUUUGGUGGGCAGCAAGGACCCAGUGGACCACCGGGACCCAAGGGGUCAUUGCCAGAAUCUUUCAAAGGGGCAAAAGGACCACGCGGACGUCCGGGAAGUGCAGGGAAAAAGGGACCGAAGGGUGACCAUGGUGCAUGUAACUGCAGUUCACAAGCCAUGCCUGGACCUCCGGGCCCUCCUGGUGAAAUUGGUGAUUUUGGCAUGGUGGGCGAGUGGGGUCAACAAGGGGACCAGGGAGAUUUUGGACCUAGAGGCAAAGAUGGUGUCCCUGGUCGUCCUGGUGCUCGAGGAUUACCUGGACCCAAAGGAAGAAAAGGAGAAUUGUUUGUAGUUAAAGAGAAAGGAUUACCCGGUGACCCCGGGGACCCAGGUCUCAGUGGUCACCCAGGAGAGCCUGGCAUACCUGGACCUACUGGACAAGAUGGUAACCCUGGUAUUCGAGGACUUCAAGGAGAAGGUCCAGUAGGUGAGCCUGGAGACAAGGGCUACCCAGGUCAGCCAGGUUUUCCAGGUGCGACAGGCCUAAUAGGAGAACCUGGUCAAGUUCUUGGAGCACCCAAAGGUGUAAAAGGCCUUCCUGGAGAUGAAGGAAGAAUUGGCUUUGACGGAAAUCCAGGAUUGCCUGGUGCAGCAGGAGACUGUAGUUCAAGAGAAGGUGGGCAGUGGGAUAUUUCAGAUUGUAUUGGAGAUCCUGGGCUACCUGGAGAAAGAGGGCCUCCUGGUCUUCCAGGAUACGAUGGAUUUACUGGAGUACCAGGUUUAAAAGGUACUAAAGGUCUUUCUGGAGAACUUGGAGUCAAAGGAGAGACAGGUGAACCAGGAAAAGGAGGCCCUCCUGGAAUAAUGGGUUUUGCAGGACCUCGUGGUGAUUACGGAUAUCCAGGGCUUAAAGGUGUAGAAGGAACUCCAGGCCUCCCUGGUACACCAGGUUCUAGUGGUGCUCCUGGUGAAAAGGGUGAACAUGGUGAAGUUUUAGGAGCUUCUGCUGGAGCUCCCGGAGAACCAGGACUGCCAGGACAGAGGGGUGAUUUUGGUUUACCCGGAGAUCCAGGCCCAAAAGGACACUCGGGUAUGGAUGGAAUGCCGGGUAUCAUCGGCCUCAAGGGUGAAACCGGCCCUUCAGGUCUUCCUGGAGAGAUAGGACGACCUGGACCCGCAGGGAUAUUUGGAUAUCCGGGGAAUGCCGGUGAAAGAGGACCUCCUGGACCACCUGGAAACGUUGGACCGCCAGGUCUGAGUGGAGCAAGCGGAGAUCAGGGUGAACCCGGUCUUCCUGGGGCCAGGGGAUUUAAGGGAAUUCCUGGAGAACCUGGGAAUCCUGGUGUGACGGGAAACAUUGGCCAACCGGGAGAUCCAGGACAAGAGGGCUCCCCUGGUUUUCAUGGACAACCAGGGCUCAGAGGUGUCAAAGGGGGUCAAGGCAUGACUGGCUUCCCAGGAAUGGGAGGUGUGAUUGGUGAAAAAGGAUAUGGAGGGUUGAAAGGAGAAAAAGGCCUUCCAGGUGAAAAAGGACCUCCGGGUUUUGAAGGUGUAAAAGGCCUUAAAGGUGACAGAGGUCUGACGGGCCCUCCAGGUGAAAAGCCAAUUAUAAUUAUAACACCACAUAUGAAAGAAGUCAUGAAGGGGACUAAAGGUGAACCCGGAACGAUGGGAGAAGCUGGCUUCACUGGACCCAGAGGCACGAAAGGUUCUCUAGGUUAUCCAGGAAAACAGGGCUGGGAUGGAUUUCCAGGUAAGCCAAGUGAUGUAAAAGGUGCUGCGGGUUCUCCUGGAGAAAAAGGAAAAACAGGGCUUAAGGGAAUGCCAGGGGUUACAGGACUCCCUGGAAUUGAUGGUUUUCCUGGAAUGGUUGGACCCACGGGUGAGAAAGGCUCGCCUGGUGCAUAUGGACCAUCGGGAGAUCCUGGUAUCAAGGGAAUUAAAGGUGAUUCGGGUCCUACAAUCAAUCUCCCAGGAGCAACAGGUUUAAGAGGUGAAACUGGGCUACCUGGACCUUUAGGUGAGAAGGGACUCAUAGGUCUACCUGGAGAAAGAGGAAGCCCUGGUUUUGAUGGUAUUCAUGGCAUGAAAGGGUAUUCUGGUGAACCUGGAAGAGAAGGAUUACCAGGCUCUGAUGGGUCUCGGGGUUCCCCAGGACACCAGGGUACUAAGGGCUGGCCAGGUGUACCAGGAGAGCCAGGAACACCGGGAAUCCAAGGCCACCCUGGACAAAAAGGUUAUCCCGGCCUUAAAGGAAUUUUUGGUUUAGAUGGCCUGAAAGGCCACAAGGGUGCCCCAGGUUCCCCAGGUAUUAACUUCAGGGGGCCUACAGGUGAACCAGGGCUAAAAGGAGAGAUAGGAGAGACUGGUAUUCCCAGCACGGAGGUUGGCAUCCCAGGACCUUCGGGUUUCAAAGGUGUCGUCGGAGAUCCAGGUAAUAAGGGUGAAUCUGGGGAGCCAGGUGUACAGGGUCAACCAGGAGAACCAGGAUUCUCUGAUAUAAAAGGAAGUCCAGGUGACCCUGGCUUUCGCGGCAUAAAGGGAAUUCAAGGUUUUCCUGGACCCCGAGGGAUCCCGGGUAGGGAUUUUCCAACUGGAGAUAAAGGAGAAAAAGGAAAUACAGGUGAAUUUGGAUUAACUGGAGAAAGGGGACCCCAUGGUGACAGAGGAGAAAGAGGACCAGGAGGAGAUCCUGGAGUGUCUGGAAGAAAAGGUGUUAAAGGGGAACAAGGAAUGAUGGGAUAUCCAGGUACACAUGGUUUUCAAGGUGACAUGGGACCUUCUGGACCUAAAGGAGACACUGGACCCCCAGGCACUCCUGGCUUACCUGGUGCUAAAGGACGUCCUCCACUUCCAGAGAAAUUACCAGGUGAAAGAGGACCACCAGGUCCAAUUGGUAUUCAAGGACCAGGUGGACGGCGUGGAAAUAUAGGCCCUGAUGGGCCUCCUGGUGACCCAGGUUUCACGGGUCCAAAGGGGCACAAGGGCAUGCCAGGUCUCCCUGGAAUACCGGGAACUCCGGGUUUCCGUGGUGAAACUGGACAAGGCGGCUACCCUGGUCUGCAGGGAGAGGAAGGUUUUCGAGGUCAAUCUGGUUUACCUGGUCCUGCUGGAAUGCCUGGGCGCAGUGUUAAUGUCGGUUACCUGCUUGUAAAGCACAGUCAGUCUGAACAGAUUCCUAUGUGCCCUGUGGGCAUGGCCAAAUUAUGGGAUGGAUACAGUCUGCUGUACUUUGAGGGGCAGGAGAAGGCCCACAACCAAGACCUGGGUCUAGCCGGGUCAUGUCUCCCUCGUUUCAACACCAUGCCUUUCCUGUACUGCAAUCCUGGUGACAUAUGCUACUACGCUAGCCGAAAUGACAAAUCCUAUUGGCUGUCCACUACUGCACCAAUUCCUAUGAUGCCCGUGGAAGAGUCUGAGAUUAAACCCUACAUCAGCCGCUGUGCCGUGUGUGAAGCCCCAUCUGUGGCCAUUGCCGUACACAGUCAAGACAUAACUAUCCCACAAUGCCCAGCAGGGUGGAGAAGUCUGUGGAUUGGCUAUUCCUUCCUCAUGCACACGGCAGCUGGAGACGAGGGUGGCGGUCAAUCGCUGGUCUCUCCGGGCUCUUGUCUUGAAGAUUUCCGCACCACUCCCUUCAUCGAAUGUAACGGGGCCAAGGGUACGUGUCACUACUUCGCCAACAAGCAAAGUUUCUGGUUGACGUCCAUCGAUCAGUCCUUCCACACUUCCCCUGCCUCGGAGACGCUCAAAGCCGGGCAGCUCCUCUCGCGCAUCAGCCGAUGCCAAGUGUGUAUGAAGAACCUGUGACCUAUAACCUAUGAACUUUGACGCAUGGGUCGUCACCAUUACGUUACAUUCAUUCCAAACCGUCGAAUGGAAAUCAACAUCGCAAGGUUUCUGAAAUUAUUAUGUGUUAUUUUACAUAUCGCGUAACACAAAGACAUUUUUUCGCUUUCACAUGAAGCCCUAAGAUUUACACUUCACCACUACUGUGUGCCUUAUGACUGAUAUUUAAUUGUAACGGAAGCCAGAGAUGCCUAAUAAGCAUAAACAUUUCAUUUCUCCAAACCUAUUUACUUUUUCUAUGUAUGAAAUGGUGCUUAACUUAUUACCUCAGCAUUAUUACACCUGAUUCUUUGUUAGUAAACAUCAUACAGCUGAACCAAAGAAGCCAAUGCUUAUGCACGACUCUGACCUAUUGAAACUCUUCAUGUGAUCGGUCUCAAUAGAGAACUUUAGGGUUGGGAAUCAAACCUGGGUCUUAUUUAUCGUUUAUGAGCAUUAAAAAAGUGGUUUUGUUAACAUUUGUGAAAGUCACUAGCAUUAAAUCAGGGCUGAUAUCAUGACGUUCAGUCUCUCUAUUUGGUAAGCUGUGCACAUGAAUGAACAGUCUUGCAAAUGUGUGCAUUUUAAGGGUGGUCUUCAAAGGGACACUCCACUUUUUUUAAAUAGGCUUAUUUUCCAGCUCCCCUAGAGUUAAAGGAAUAGUCUACUCAUUUUCAAUAUUAAAAUAUGUUAUUACCUUAACUAAGAAUUGUUGAUACAUCCCUCUAUCAUCUGUGUGCGUGCACGUAAGCGCUGGAGCGUGCUGCGACGCUUCGAUAGCAUUUAGCUUAGCCCCAUUCAUUCAAUGGUACCAAACAGAGAUAAAGUUAGAAGUGACCAAACACAUCAACGUUUUUCCUAUUUAAGACGAGUAGUUAUACGAGCAAGUUUGGUGGUACAAAAUAAAACGUAGCGCUUUUCUAAGCGGAUUUAAAAGAGGAACUAUAUUUUAUGGCGUAAUAGCACUUUUGGGAGUACUUCGACUCGGCGCAGUAACACCCUCCCUCUCCCAUUAUGAGAGGGAGAAGGGGAGCGGACUUUUUAGGCGAGUCGAAGUACUCCCAAAAGUUGAUAUGCCCAAACUCCUAUUACGCCAUAAAAUAUAGUUCCUCUUUUAAAUCCGC